AUGGCACAAAAUACCCUGACUGGCGCGUGUGUGUGUCGUAAAAUCACCUACCGCGUCGAUCUCCCCGCUGACAAGCCGUUCCCCAAGGUCAUUCUCUGUCACUGUAGGGACUGUAAGCGCUAUACGGGCUCCGGAUUCUCCGCCAACAUCUUCGUCCCCAAAGCCAACCUGAUUUGGACUACCGGCACACCAAAGCUAUACCUUACCAACAGCAACAGAGGUUUCAAGACACGGCGCCAGUUUUGCGGUGAUUGUGGGACACCCUUUACGUCGCAGGCCGAAGACCAGCCCGAUGAUAUCGUUAUUAAAUCCGGAACGUUGGAUGACGAGCAUCGGGCCGCGUGCGGGGAAUUAGUACAGGAAAUCUUCUCUGAUCAGAAAGAUGGCUGGGUGGAUAGUAUUGGGAAGGUUGCAACUAGGCCUGGAAUGAUGGAGUAA